ACAUGACUAUCACUGAUUUCACUCUGAAGCUAGCUCGCCUCUCUGUUGACGCUGACCCAUUUCUUUGAUUUUUGUGAUGAAAAUAAGCUUGAAAAAGCUGCUUUAAAAGUGUUUUUUUUGUGUGGGGAAUCUAGUGGGUCAGGACGCGUUCGAGCAGGAGAACAUCUGACCAUUUGGCCUGAGCCGCCGCAUGAAAUCGGAGCGACUUCCCGCGUGAACAUGACGAUAGACAUCCCCUACGAGAAGCUGGCAGACGUCAGAUGGACAAGGUCGGACUCCAACAGAAGAGCACAAACGUUCUCCUGCUGUUUGCUGGCCGUGGCUGCCGUCGCCUCUUCGCUGCUGGCUGCCACGGCGCUCUACAACCUGCUGGUGCCGACUGCUUUGUCCGCGCCUCCAAAAGCGAGUGGCGACUUACGACUGGACUCGGUCGAGUCCUGCUCUGACCCAUGCAAUAUCGUCCUGGUGGAGAGCAUUCCUCAGGGCGUGGACUUCAACUCCAGCACCACUCAUGGCUCCAUCUACCAGGCUUGGCUCCAUCUGAUGGCCCAGGCACACAGCAGCGUGGACAUUGCGUCCUUCUACUGGACGCUCACUAACAACGACACCGGGACUGAGGAGCCCACAGCCGAUCAGGGCGAGAACAUCCUGAAGAACCUUGCUAAGCUCUCGGGGUCCGUGUCGGUCCGCAUCGCCGUCAACGCGCCGAAAGGGGGUCGACUUCCUGACAACCUGAAUGUGCUCAACGCCUCUGGAGCCACUAUUAGGACCGUCGACAUGAAAAGGCUCACCACAGGGGUUCUCCACACCAAAUUCUGGGUGGUGGACAAGAAACACGUUUACAUCGGCAGCGCCAACAUGGACUGGAGAUCCCUCACACAGGUGAAGGAGCUGGGUGCCGUGGUCUACAACUGCAGCUGCCUGGCUUCAGACCUGUCCAAGAUCUUCGAGGCCUACUGGUUCUUGGGCGAGAGCCGGUCCAUCCCGUCCCCGUGGCCCAGCAGCUUCUCCACGGCGUACAACAAGGACACGCCCCUCCAGCUGCCACUCAACAACACGCCCUCCAGCGUCUACUUGUCGAGCUCUCCUCCGCCCUUGUGUGCCGCCGGGAGGACGUCCGACCUGGAGUCCAUCCUGAGCGUGAUGGAGGACGCUGAGAGUUUCAUCUACAUCUCUGUCAUGAACUACCUGCCCACCAUGGAGUACUCUCAUUUUCCAAGAUACUGGGAUGCCAUCGACACCCAGCUGAGGCGGAUGGUCUACGAGAAACAUGUGCGAGUGCGGCUGCUGAUUAGCUGCUGGGCUAACACGUCGCCCACCAUGUUCCCCUUCCUCAAGUCGCUGGCGGCCAUCUACGAGCCAAAAAGCAAACUGGACAUCCAGGCGCGACUCUUCGUGGUUCCUGCCACUACCGGGCAGAAGCACAUACCCUUCGCCAGAGUCAACCACAACAAAUACAUGGUGACCGACAAGGUCGCCUACAUCGGGACGUCCAACUGGUCAGGAGACUACUUUGUGAACACGGCAGGAUCCGCCUUGGUGGUCAACCAGACAUUAUCCUCGUCCCUAGGGCCCACCGUCCAAUCACAGCUGAGGGAUGUGUUUGAGAGAGACUGGAGCUCCGCCUACAGCGUCCCCCUCACGCAGCACACAAACCACAAAGUCGUCUGCUAGUCCAUGCGUCCCGCACUCCCCGUAGCGUUCGACAACACAAGAAAAGCUGCUCUGUCGGUCAUUUUUAAGACUUGACACUUCACCACCAUGGUGAUGUCAUCAUUUUUACAUGUCCAGAUUUUAUCCAUCGCAGCGCAUCUCAGGGACAAAACUGUUUGCGGGAAUCUGCUGUGCUGUAAAUAAUCAAAUCACUGGAUGUUAUAAAAGGAAGGGAAUUCCAAUCAAAUUGAAA